GCUGGGCGGGAGGAAGCCGCGCGUGGUGCGGCCGCGCUGGGUGGAGGACGGCCCGGGGGAAGCGCUGGGUGGGGGCAGACAGUGUGCGGGGCGUGCCCGGGGUCACCGGAUGAGGGUGAAUGCGGGGCCGGGGCUCAAGCCGGAUCCGCGGGGACCCGGAGGCGGGGCCGGUGUGGACCGGCCCGGGAGCGACGCGCGGCACCUAACAGCUGGCGGGCGACCUCUGUGUGGAGGCGGCGCUGUAGCUCUGCGCGCGCCUUCUUGAGGACUGCGCGUGCGCAGGAGGCUAUGGGCGGGGCCUGAGCGGGGCCGCCGUGGCGCCUGCGCUGCCCAUUGUGCCGCGCGUCUCGCGCCGCGCCCGCGUUCUCUGAGAAGAGGGAGAGCCGGCCCCGCGAAGCUGCCGGCGUCGCCGCCAUGGACUUAGAGCCAGGGCCUUCAGUAGCUUGUCUUUGACUGGAAAGAGCUGUGGGGUGGACUGUUUCCCUGAAAGGUAGAAGAAUGUUUGAAGCCUGUUCCCAAGGCACGAUUAUGAAGGAUGAAGGCAGGACUCGUCUGAUUGCUUCUGUGCCCAUUACCUGUGGCUGUGUGGUAGCUUCUGUGCCCAUUACCCUGUGGCUGUGUGAUUGUGGCUGUGCCCAUUACCCUGAGGCUGUGUGAUUGUGGCUUUGUGAUUGCUGCUGUGCCCGUUACCCUGUGGCUGUGUGAUUGUGGCUGUGCCCAUUACCCUGUGUCUGGAUUGCUGCUGUGCCCGUUACCCUGUGGCUGUGUGAUUGCUGCUGUGCCCAUUACCCUGUGAUUGUGUGAUUGCUGCUGUGCUGUUACUCGGUGGCUGUGUGAUUGCUGCUCUGCCCAUUAGCCUGUGGCUGUGUGAUUGUGGCUCUCCUCACGAUGUGUCAUGAGAAACUCAGCUGUCCUGUCCUGUGGUACAUGCUCAGUGGUUCCUGUCGUUUGUACUGUCCUCGUGCUCUCUAUUUCUAAACCUCUCUCCCCACAUCCUCCUCUGGCCCAUCCUUUGCUGAAGGGUUUGCCCUCAGCAGUCCAGCUUGUUCUUUUUACUUUUCCUGAGGGAUCUCAUUCUCUCUUGGUUCCAGUGAUCCCUUCUGAGCAGAUGCCUCUCAGAGUCACAUUUCUCAGCUGACUUCCCCUCUGAACUUCCACCCGGCAUUGCAACUGCUGGAGGACAUCUGCUCCUUGAUAGCCAAAAUCCAGAAUCACAUUUCCCAGCUGGCUUUUCUCCGCAGCUUGCACCGGGCAUUUCUACUGCUGGAGGACAUCUGUGCCUUGAUAGCCAAAAUCGAGCUUGUCUCUUCUCAAACCUGUUCUGAUUCUCCUCCUUCCCUGUAUGUGACGCCACCCAGGGUCCUUCCAGUUCCCAGGCUAGAGAGCUUGGAAGUCAUUCUGGAUUCCUCGGCUGAGUCCUGCCUCCAGCCCUGCAGUGGCUGUGGUGGCCAUCCCUUCUUCUCCCCUUCAUGGAUUUCUAAAACCCUCGUCAUCUCUAACCCUGACAGCCUCCUAACUGCAGUGACCAUCUUGAGACAUUCGCGCUAUACUGUCUUACUUGACUUCUCUGUGCAGGACCCUUGAACAUCUGUGAGGAAAUGACUAUUCUGCACGGAGGCUUCCUGCUGGCUGAGCAGCUGUUCCACCCCAAAGCUCUGGCAGAACUGACCAAGUCUGACUGGGAGCAUGUUGGGCGGCCCAUCGUGGAGGCCUUGCGGGAGAUCUCCUCGGCUGCAGCACAUUCCCAGCCCUUUGCCUGGAAGAAGAAAGCUCUGAUCAUCAUCUGGGCCAAGGUUCUGCAGCCCCAGCCUGUGACCUCUUCCGACGCGGACACUCGGUGGCAGGAAGAUGUGUUCUUCUCAGUGGGCAACAUGAUCCCCACCCUCAAUCACACCGUCCUCUUUGAGCUGCUCAAGUCCCUAGAAGCUUCUGGACUCUUUAUCCAGCUCCUGAUGGCCCUGCCCGCCACUGUCUGCUGUGCAGAACUCGAGCGCUUUUUGGAGCACGUGAGCAUUGACACGUCCUCCGAGGACGUGGCCUUCUUCCUGGAUGUCUGGUGGGAAAUGAUGAAGCACCGGGGUAAUCCGCAGGACCCCCUGCUCUCCCAGUUCAGCUCAAUGGCCCAUAAGUACUUGCCUGUCUUAGAUGAGUUCCCCCGUCCUCCAAAGAGGCUGAGGUCUGAGCCAGACGUUUGCCCCACCAUGCCCCUGUUGGCCAUGCUGCUCCGCGGGCUGAUGCAGAUCCAGAGUCAGAUCCUGGGCCUAGGGAGGAAGUGCUGUGCACUGGCCAACCUGGCCGACAUGCUGAGCGUGUUUGCACUGACCGAGGACGACCCCCAGGAGGUGUCUGCAACCGUGUAUCUGGACAAACUGGCCACGGUGAUCUCUGUGUGGAACUCAGACACCCAGAACCCAUACCACCAACAGGCACUGGCAGAGAAGGUGAAGGAGGCAGAACGGGAUGUCAGCCUGACCUCACUGGCCAAACUCCCCAGCGAGACGAUUUUCGCGGGCCUGGAAUUGAUGCGCGCCCUGCUGGGGGAGUGGGGGGAGGAGCUGCAAGCCAUGCUCUGCAGCAGCCAGGGCACAAGCUAUGACAGCUACCGGCUGUGCGACAGUCUGACUUCCUUCAGCCAGAACCUGGCACUCUACCUGAACUGUGCCAACCUGCCCGAGGAGGAGAGGCAGGUGGCCUCUGAGCUGGCAGAGUGUGUCAGGGACUUCCUGAGCAAAACCAGCAGGGUGCUGAAGAACAGGGGCUCCCAGGACAUCACGGCUUCCAUUGCCAUGGCCAUCAUCCAGCAGAAGAUGGACCGUCACAUGGAAAUGUGCUACAUUUUUGCGUCUGAGAAGAAGUGGGCUUUCUCAGACGAGUGGGUAGCCUGCCUGCUGACUAACAGGGCUCUCUUCAGGGAGCCAGACUUGGUGUUGAGCCUGCUGGAAACAGUGCUAGAUGCCAGCACCACUGACAGAGCCAUCCCCAAGCCUCAGAUCCGGCAAGUGCUCCACUCCGUACUGGAAUGUUAUGCAGACCUCUCCCUACCAGACAAAAACAAAGUCCUUGCAGGCGUCCUGCACUCCUGGGGGAAAAAGGGCCUGUCUGAAAAGUUGCCGGCCUACGUGGAGAGUUUUCCAGAAGACCUCAAUACGACCUUAAACCAGCUCACUCAGAGUGCCUCCGAGCAGGGCUUGACAAAAGCUGUGGCCUCCGUGGCCCGCCUGAUGAUAGUGCACCCAGAAGCCACGGUGAAGAAAAUCUGCAGCCUGGCUGUGGUCAAUAUCGGCACCCACAAGUUCCUGGCCCAGAUUCUCACUGCCUUCCCUGCCCUUCGGUUUGUGGAAGAGCAGGGUCGGAAUUCAUCUACCACUUUCAUGGUGUCGUGCCUCAAAGAAACUGUCUGGGCGAAGUUCUCUACACCCAAGGAGGAAAAGCAAUUUUUGGAGCUCCUGAACUGCCUGAUGAAUCCCGCGAAGCCCCAGGGCAUUCCAGUGGCUGCUCUGCUUGAGCCAGAUGAGGUGCUGAAAGAAUUUGUCCUGUCAUUCUUGAUGUUAGAUGUUGAAGAGGUGGACCUCAGUCUGAAGAUCUUCCUCCAGACUCUAGAAGCAAAUGCAUGCCUGGAGGAAUACUGGCUCCAGGCCUGCUCCCCAUUCCCACUCCUCUUCAGCUUGUGCCAGCUCCUGGACAGCUUCAGCAAGUACUGGCAGCUCCCCAAGGAGAAGCGGCAUUUGUCUUUGGAGAGGAAGGAUCUGGCGGCCCAUAUCCUGGAGCUCCUGUGUGAGAUCGUAUUAGCCAAUGCCGAGACCUUCUCCCCGGACGCCUGGAUCAAGUCCCUGUCCUGGCUCCACCGCAAGUUAGAGCAGCUCGACUGGACUGUGGGCCUGAGACUGAAGACCUUCUUUGAGGGACACUUCAAGUGUGAGGUGCCAGCCACACUUUUUGAGAUCUGUAAGCUUUCUGAGGAUGAGUGGACCUCCCAGGCCCACCCGGGGUAUGGGCCAGGCACUGGGCUCCUAGCCUGGAUGGAGUGCUGCUGCAUCUCCAGCAGCCUCUCAGAGAGGAUGCUGUCUCUCUUGGUGGUGGAUGUGGGUAGUCCUGAGGAGGUCAGGUUGUUCAGCAAAGGCUUUUUGGUGGCCCUUGUGCAAGUCAUGCCUUGGUGCAGCCCUCAGGAGUGGCAGCACCUUCACCAUUUGACCAGGAGGCUGCUGGAGAAACAGCUGCUGCAUGUCCCGUAUAGCCUGGAGUAUAUUCAGUUUGUUCCUCUGCUGAAUCUGAAGCCCUUUGCCCAGGAGCUCCAGCUCUCCGUACUCUUCCUGAGGACUUUCCAGUUUCUCUGUAGUCAGAGUUGUCAAAAUUGGCUUCCUCUGGAAGGCUGGAACCAUGUGGUCAGACUCCUGUGUGGCAGUCUGACCAGCCUCCUGGACUCAGUCAGGUUGAUACAGUCAGUUGGCCCGUGGACGCAGGGACAAGAGCAGGACCUGACCCAGGAAGCCCUGUUUGUCUAUACCCAAGUGUUCUGUCAUGCUCUGCACAUCAUGGCCAUGCUCCACCAAGAGGUCUGUGAGCCACUGUAUGUUUUAGCCUUGGAAACUCUCACCUGCUAUGAGACUCUUAGCAAGGCCAACCCAUCUGUCACCUCCCUGCUCCAGAAGGUGAACGAGCAGCGCUUCCUGAAGUCCAUUGCUGAGAACAUCAGCCCCGAGGGGCGGCGCCAGACACUGCUGCAGAAGAUCAGCAGCUUCUGACCUUGGCCUGUAGCAGAAAAGCUGGGGCUAAACAUGACGUGUCCGUAGGGGCCAGACCCAUGCAGCAUGGGCUUUACAGCUGCGUGAAACUAUCCACAGGAAAUCAUGGCAAUAAUGGUGUAAAGAAAAUAGUUUCUUAGGUAUUUAUAAUGUACAAACUAUAAUAAACAUUCCCUUUUGCAUCUCA